AUGUAUCUACAAUCGAAUAUACGAAGAGAAGUGCUUUUUUUGCUUCUUUACAUCAUUAUUUGCAACUUGACUCAAAUUAAUACAGGAGCCGCUAUGGGAUACUCCUCUAUAGUACUUCCGGUAUUGACAAGUAAUAUGUCAUCGAUAACUUUAAAUGAAAUGGAAGUACCAUUGUUUGUUUCUAUUAUAUCAAUCACCCAAAUCAUCGGUAGCCUUUUAUGCCUUAUUACUAUGAGCUAUGGAAGAAAAUGUACCAUGAUAGUAUGCGGUAUAAACUUUUCUUUAGGAUGGAUUCUGAUUGCGAGUAGUUAUAACGUAAUACAACUCUUUAUUGGUAGAGCACUAACAGGAAUUGCCAUGGGUCUUAGUUCAUCUUCCAUUGAAAUUUAUUUAGCAGAAAUUUCUAUACCUUCAUGGAGAGAAAUGAUUACAACUACUCCGAAUACAUCGCUUUCUGGUGGAGUUCUAAUCGUCUAUUUUCUAGGAUUUGUUGCAGAGAACAAUUGGAGACUGAUAGCAGCAUUUUUUAUUAUACUAUCGAUAUUGUCUCUGUUGUGCAAUAUUUUUUUCGUCCAAGAGAGUCCUGAGUGGUUGCUCUUAAAAAAUAGAAAAGAGGCAGCUCAUAUCUCUUUACUUCGCAUUCGUGGUUUACGUCAGGAAACGAUAGAAUUCCAAAAAGAAUUUACCGAAAUGAGGAAUUGUAACGAAGUGGCAAAUAAUUCUGAAAUGCCAAGAAACUGUCAACCAGAUGUUAUCUUAAGUACAGAGAACGAAAAGGAGUCAUCUCCGAGCUGGAAUGUGAGAAAUAAACUCAGGCGUAUCCAAAAAACAACAGUUUUACCAGAAGUAUGGAAGCCGUUUGUGAUAUUAAAUCUGUACUUUCUUUUGCAACAAUUUAGUGGAUUAUAUGUGAUUAUUACUUAUGCUGUCGAUAUGAUUCAGAGAAUUGAUAUCAUGAUUGAUCCCUUCUUCAUCACAGUCAUAGUAGGAGUAGUUCAAUUAGUAGGCAACGUUAUAACUACAUUUUGUAGCAUGAGAAUUGGUCGUCGAACUAUUUCAAUCGUGUCCGGUGUCGGUAUAUCAAUUUCUUUAGGCGUUUUAACAACGUACCUGCAAUUUUUUGAGAACAUCGGUGUUACGGUUGUACCCCUCGUUUGCUUCCUUUUCUAUGUGGGAUUCGGAUCUUUCGGAUUUCUUAUGAUGCCUUGGUCCAUGAUUGGGGAAUUAUAUCCUACUAAAUACAUAAAUAUUCUGGGAUCACUUACCACUACUAUCGCUGUAUCAUGCAGCUGUAUCAUCAUACAAUUAUAUCCAAUGAUGGUAACGCAAAACAGAAAUGCCACCUUUUGCUUUUAUUGUAUAAUAUCCAUUAUUGGCACGUUUUUUAUAAUAAUUGCAUUACCGGAAACACGAGGAAAGACGAGAACUCAGAUAGAAGAAACUUUUAAAAGAAAAUUGCAGAUAGUAGAAACGACAGAAACUUUUAAGAAAAUAGAAGAUGUAUACUAAACUAUGUGCGCAAAUCACUG